GCUCAGGUUUCAGUGAUAUGCUUUGGAGGUAACUGUGACAUCCUGUCUGGCACACUUAGAAUAAAUAAGUAAACAAACAAACAACUGCUUGCUAGCUUUAAAUUCUCUGCCUUCAUCUGCAAGUGCUGCAGUUAGGCUGUCUCUGGUUUACUUCCUUAUGACUGGGUUCAGCCUGCACAGGCUGUGGUUUUUGCUCGGCGUGAGGCUCCCUGUGCAUGCCCUGCUUGUGAAGCACACCGAUAAGAGGCAUGGUGUGAACGGCAGUUUAUGUGACAUGGACCAUGAGAUAUGGCAGCACUGCAUGGCACGCUGCUGUGUCGGAGGCAGCCCUGGUGGUAACACAGAUCUCCUUCGAGCGUGGAUUGGAUUGCUUUGGAUUCUCGUGCCUAAAACCACGGGUGUUGACUGAGAAAGUACCAGCGUUCAGACCUAAGAGUGUAUAUGUGCUGCAGUAAACAGUCUCCCCAUGACCACUUAACCUGGAGCAGGGUAAUCUAAGCACUACAGACUGUUCUGGUCAAAUAAACUAGCUUACAAGGAAAUGACACACUUUGUGUUAUAAUGCCUCAGGGAAGCACCCCUCCUACGAUGGAGGUACAGCAGGCAGCAGCAAGUCCUGUAAAAGACUUCGCCUUCAAGAGGUGGAAUCAACAGAGGCGACUGAAUGCAGAAUUAGAAACAAAAACAGAAAAACUGGUGCGUCAGGCUGAAGAAGUAAUGAAAGCCCAACAGGAGAUACUAUCUAGACCAGUUACAGUACAGACUACAUCAUGUGAAGACAAUAGAGAGAGAGAUCCACUCUGCGCUGAAGUUUCAUCUCUUACACACUCACAUGCCAAGCUAGCAAACAAGAAGAAAUGUGCUUCCGUGCCCAUGGCUCAGAGCAGACCGUACUCUGGAAGUAAGGGAAAAAGAACCACUUCAAGUUCAAAAAUAAGAAACCUAGAAGUACAAAGUGCUGCUGAUGUUGCAAUACCGGAGGAUUGCACAGAUUUUUCUUUAGCAAAAACAAUAAACAAAAUUGAGGAAAAACUAGAGAAAGGAGGCUUACCAGAUUGUCUAGAUGAUAUUAUUCCAAGUGUUGGAAAUGAAGUUGGAGCAGAAGCUCAAAUCAGAUUUCUUAAAGCAAAGUUGCGUGUUAUGCAGGAAGAGCUGGCUAGUGUAGCCUGUGAAUGCAGGAAAAAGGAUGAUGAAAAUCAGAAUUUAAAAUCUCAGCUUAAAGAUACCAAAGAAGAAAACAGCAGACUGCAACGAACAAUCAGUAUGCAACAUUCUCAGACUGAAAAGUACAAAACGCUGUCACAAGAAGCAAACAAAAAAAAUGAAGGGUUGCAACAAGAGAUCACUGCACUAGAAAAGGAAUUGGAGAAUCUAAAGCGUGUACAAAAGCAGGCUGCAACCAGUCAGAGUGCAAUGGAGGUUCGCCUGAACAGGGCCCUGGAAGAAGCAGAAAGGUAUAAAGUGGAGCUCAAUAAACUGAAGCAAAGUAACAAGGAUGUGGCUAACCAAGAGCUCAAAACAAUUGAAGAAUUAAAAACAGAAAACAAGAAACUGCAGAAACAAAAAGAAGACCUAAUGACAGGUUUUAAAAAGCAGUUACAGUUAAUCGAUAUUUUAAAGAGACAAAAGAUGCACCUUGAAGCUGCUAAGAUGCUUUCUUUUACUGAAGAGGAAUUAAUGAAAGCUCUUGAGUGGGGAAAUUGAUUCCAUACAAAAAAAAUAAUUGUUUGAAAUACGAGUCAGAUUGUACAUAAUUUUGGCACUGUAUACGACUGCUUGUUAAUAGUUAAUAACUGCAUAUCCCCGCAAACUGGUUUUGUUGAUUUUGCUUAUGUUUAAAUUGUUUAACUUUCCUAA